AUAACCACUCUGCACCUCCAGAUGUAACCACUGGCCUGUUGGAACAUUUAUAUUACGAGCGUCCGCAGGUAGCAUCAGUACGAGGAGUUCCCAGAGGCUACAACAGCAGCAUUUUGGAAACUGCAGAUGGUGUACCAGUCAAUAGCAGAGUGUCCUCUAAAAUCCAGCAGCUUCUAAAUACCUUGAAAAGACCUAAGCGCCCACCAUUGAAAGAGUUUUUUGUUGAUGAUUUUGAAGAACUGCUAGAAGUGCAACAGCCUGACCCCAAUCAACCAAAGCCUGAAGGAAAUCAAAUGAAUGUACUUAAAGGUGAACCCUUAGGCGUGGUAACCAACUGGCCACCUUCUCUGCUGGCUGCCCUGCAGCGCUGGGGAACUACACAGCCGAAAGCCCCUUGUCUGACAGCAUUGGAUACGACUGGGAAAGCUGUUUAUACACUUACCUAUGGCAAGCUGUGGAGUCGAAGCUUGAAGUUAGCAUAUACCCUGCUAAACAAGCUAACCACUAAGAAUGAACCACUGCUGAAGCCUGGAGACCGGGUAGCUCUCGUAUUUCCUAAUAGUGAUCCAGUUAUGUUUAUGGUGGCAUUUUAUGGAUGUCUCCUGGCGGAACUUAUUCCUGUCCCUAUAGAAGUUCCACUAACAAGAAAGGAUGCUGGCAGCCAGCAGAUUGGAUUUCUUUUGGGCAGCUGUGGAGUAACACUAGCUUUAACCACUGAUGCCUGUCAAAAAGGCCUUCCUAAAGCUCAGACUGGCGAUGUGGUUACAUUCAAAGGCUGGCCUCGUCUCAUUUGGUUUGUGAUCGAUGGGAAGCACCUGGCCAAACCAGCUAAGGACUGGCAUCCGCAAGUACGGGAUGCCAGUGCUGAGAUUGCUUAUAUUGAGUACAAAACAAGUAAAGAGGGCAGUACAGUGGGCAUUACUAUAUCUCAUGCUUCCAUGCUGGCACACUGUCAUGCAUUGACUCAGGCAUGUGGUUAUUCAGAAGCUGAAAUACUAACAAAUGUGUUGGAUUUCAAGAGAGAUGCUGGCCUUUGGCAUGGAGUAUUAACAAGUGUUAUGAAUAGGAUGCAUGUCAUCAGUAUUCCCUAUGCAUUAAUGAAGGUUAAUCCGCUUUCCUGGAUACAGAAGGUCUGCUCAUACAAAGCCCGUGUAGCAGUAGUAAAAUCACGUGAUAUGCACUGGUCACUUUUGGCUCAGAGGGAUCAGAGGGAUGUCAGUCUGAGCUCUUUACGAAUGUUAAUAGUGGCAGAUGGAGCUAAUCCAUGGUCGAUAUCUUCCUGUGAUGCGUUCCUGAAUGUAUUUCAGUCCAGAGGUUUGAGACCAGAAGUAAUCUGUCCCUGUGCUAGUUCCUCAGAGGCACUAACUGUUGCUAUUCGCAGACCUCCAGAAUUGGGGGGGCCUCCUCCAGGAAAAGCAGUGUUAUCUAUGAAUUGUCUGAGUUUCGGCGUAAUAAGAGUGGAUACAGAAGAGAAGUUGUCAGUGUUAACUGUACAGGAUGUUGGUCAGAUUAUGCCUGGAGUGCCUGAGGGGUCAAGGAAAGCAAAUGUCACUCCUGUCUCCAAGAAGGACAACCCAGGGAACUACAAGGCUCAUCAGCCUCACCUCAAACCCUGCGAAGGUGAGGGAACAAUUAAUUCUGGAAACCAUUUUCUCAGGCACAUGGAGAACAAAAAAUUCAUCGGGAGUAGUCAGCAUGGAUUCACCAAGGAGAAGUCAUGCUUGACCAACGUGAUCGCCUUCUACGAUGAAGUGACUGGCUUGGUAGAUGAGGGGACACCAGUGGACAUUGUCUACCUUGACUUUGGUUGGGUUUUGGACACUAUCUCCUGUAUGAUCCUCACAGAGAAGCUGAUGAAGUAUGGGCUGGAUGAGCAGACAGGGAAGUGGACUGAAAACUAA